AUGGUUCCAGCUUUCCCGGCCGAUUUUGAGCAGGAGCUCGCCGAUUACAUCCUCGGUUUCAGCACCAUGCCGACAUCAAGGAAUCUCCACAAUCUGCUCGACGAUGUGUACAUCGGCACAAGCCUCGCGUACGCUUGGAAGGACGUGGUCACUGCCUGGGACCAGAACGGAGAGCCUUGCGGCGUCUCGUUCGUCCAGCAGAACAUUGCAAGCUUCAUUCGACUGCGCGACCAGAAAGAGUCCAUCGAGCAGGAGUGGAGCCAGCAGGAGGACGUCACGCCAAAGCAGCAGGAGUAUCUCGCCAAGUUCCAGGCCAGCGUGGACGACCUGGCUCUUGUCCUCAAGGCGUGGUUGGAGAAGGUCUUGCCGGAGACUCUGGGACGGCUGAACCAGGAUGACCCUCGCAUCGACGAGUUGCUGGAGGUGUUUGUGCCGUUCUUCGGCAUUUAUCGGUCGCUCUUCAGAAACUUGACAAUGGCAUACCCUACCUACGACGAGAAUAUCAUGCUCGAGGUCCAGCACUUCGCGGCCCUCCCCACAGUCAUCGGAGCCCGCAACGUCGUCGAGCGCAUGCACGAAGGCCUGGUCGUCCUCCGGAAGUGGAAGUCGGCGUUGCCAUCAUGGGCCCGGAGCACCGACUUCCACACCGCCGACUUCGUCGGCAGGAACCUCGAGGCCUUUGAGCGCGUCCGGCUCAUGAAGGAUGCCCUGGACUCGGAGUGGGCGACACUCCGGGGCAUCGCGAAGCAGAUGGCCAUCGACCAAGAGGACCGGAGGGCGGCGUACGGCGUGGCCUACGCGGAGCUGAGCCAGGAGCUCAAGGUGUUCGUCGACGCGGCGUGGGCGGCCGUCUUGGAAGACAUCAAGGCGGCUCCGUACCGGCCGAUGGGCCUCAUCCCUCGGAGGUCGUGGACUGCCGCGGAGAUGGUGAAGAUGUACAACGCAGAGUUUCCCGAGGAUGCGAAACCAGUCCGAUGA